CAAAGAACUAAAAUAUGUAAAAGUGGUUGAAAACAGGAAAUGUGACACCUAAUUUCUGUUGCAAUACGGCCACAUUUUCAUGAAAUUGCUUCCAGAUGAGUACCAUUCAACCCCGAGCUUCUGUGAGCACAUAGUAAACUGUAUUUUCAGAAAGAAGAAAAGCAAUGGAAUUAAUACCGGAUGAUAGUGGAUAUGACUAUAAUGAAGGCACUGUCAGUGACAGCUCCUGCCAGUGGGAUUGUGUGAUCUUGGUAGUGGUCAAUGUCAUCAUUUGUGUCUUGGGACUCAGUGGCAAUGGCUUGGUCAUCUGGAUCGCAGGAUUCAAGAUGAAGAAGACCGUCAACACAGCCUGGUAUCUUUCUCUGGCUAUUUCUGACUUCCUGUACUGUAUCUUUCUCCCUCUAAAUACUGCAUACCUGGCCACUAACAACUGGAUCUUUGGGGUCUCCAUGUGCAAAUUCACCUCCUUUGUAUUGUUCCUCAACAUGUUCAGCAGCAUCUUCCUACUGGUCAUCAUCAGUAUUGACCGCUGUAUCUCUGUGGUGUUCCCGGUCUGGGCACAGAACAAACGCACAGUGAAGAAGGCAUCCAUCGUCAUCAUCCUGGCCUGGAUUAUUUCUAUCGCUCUAAGUUCUCCUUCAGCAAUUUUCCGGGACACCACGCUGCAAGGGCAAAGUAUUAAGUGCUAUAAUAAUUAUGAGCCACCCUCCAGCCACUUGGCUGUUGUCUUCAGUCGGUUUGCGUUUGGGUUUGUUGUUCCUUUUUUAAUCAUUAUCACUUGUUAUUCUGUCAUCAUCUGGAGAGUGAGGAACAACCAAAUGACUAAGUCCUCCAAACCAUUGAAGGUCAUGUCUGCUCUGAUAGGUGCUUUCUUCAUUUGCUGGCUGCCCUAUCAUAUUGUCGUAUUGAUGGAAACAAAUGAAGAACAUCAGCAGUCAGAAAUAUUUCAAAUCUGCAUAAAGGUGUUUCCCGUUCUUGCUAGCGCAAACAGCAUCCUAAACCCUUUACUAUAUGCAUUUAUGGGCAGAGACUUCAAACAUAAAUGCUUUAGAUUUGCUCUGUCUAAAAUUGAAAACGCACUUGGUGAAGAAACUCAGAAAAAAGAAGAAAUCAAUUGUACGCGUAUGACACACAAUUCAGGAGUUAGUCAAGAUAGUAGCAGAUUAGCCUUAUAAAUGUCAUUCCAGUAUUAUUACAAGAUAAUAUAGUCAUUUAUAAUGAUUCGGUUCCCAAAUCUUUUGUUUUUACAUUUUGAUUGUUUAUGUAUAUGUAUUAAACUACCUUGCUAUAAAUGCAGCAACUGAAAUUUGCAAGCCGUAAGAAUGGAAGGGAUGGGGUUUUGUGACAGAAUCUGCCAUAGUGAAUAAAAAUAAAACCAUGAAAUCAA